GCCGACUGUCGGGAUGUGACCCCGGAACAGGACGCCUCCUUACACACAACACAGCUCUCAAAUACAACAAAAACGACAGAAUCCUGGACCAGGAGAGCGGUGCGUCAGGAGCAGGGGGGAUGAACCGAGAGGAAGCCCCUGGCAAGUCUCCUGAGGAGAUGUACAUCCAGCAGAAGGUGCGGGUGCUGCUCAUGCUCAAGAAGAUGGGAUCAAAUCUGACACCAAACGAGGAGGCAUUUCUACGGAAUUAUGCAGGCGUGGUGCACAGUCAGAUGAGUCAGCUGCCACAGCACCCUAUUGACCAGGGAGCUGAGGACGUGGUGAUGGCCUUCUCAAGAUCAGAGACGGAGGACAGGAGACAGUGACCUCUCGCCAGGCCGAGUCACUACAGCUCAACGCAACACAACACUGUUGACUGAUGGAGAGGGCGGAGCCUGAGACAGGAGAGGGGCGGAGCUCUGCUACACGCCAGCUGCUCCACUUCCCUUCUCUUCCCCAUUCCCCUCUUCAUCCUCACACUAACUGUUACACUAUCUGGCCCAGCGGCCGCACUACCUGGUGACGUACAGCAAACCAAUCAGAAAGAGGCCUGGAGGGUAAUUAUUUGAAUUAGGUGUUUUAAGUUUCAAAUUUUCCUCGUUCAUCUUGUGGCGUUUUAUAUUUGUUCCCAAUGAGAGACUUAAUGGACCAAGAGCUUCAUUUGUCUGGUCAAACUACGAAAGAAUAUAAAUCGCCUUAUUGGUUGUGUUAUAAUUACAAACCGUUUUCUUUUUUAUGUAUGUAGCUUCUUGUUUUUAUCGUCCACAGGAUCCUGCAGGUAGUCUUUUCUUUUGUUUGUUAUGAUUUUCAGGGUUUUCUUUUUGUUGUAGUAGUCACUUGCUUUGUAAUUUCAUCAAAAUGUUGUCGUGGAGGAUAUCGACGUUUUCCAAGAAGAUAAGGCCCUUACACAAGCACACACACUCAGAAUGACGUAUACCAAUAUUUCAUGAUCUCUCUCUCUCUCUUUUUUUUUGGUUGUUUGGAUUAAUGUGAAAUUUCAUGGCAUCCUUUUGUACAGAACAUGAGAUGAAAAACAAGUAGAAAAGUGAACGAGUUGUGCCAACUGUGUUUUUAUGUAAAAUAUUUCUAAAGGUAUCUAAUGAAUGUCUUAGGUCCUUAUUUAUUUUUUUCAACGUCUUACAAUGUAGACCAACACAACCCCCUUUUGAACUUCUGAUUCGUAACAGCAUGUUUUAAUACAGACGUCUUUCGACAUUUUUGCAAGAUGUGCCAUACUCCGAUACGAGUGUUUGUCACUGUAUAUCUGAUUCAGUGGUGCUAGCCAAACUCAUUUUUAGCUAUUCUAACUAAAGUUAAAUAUGAAUAUAACCCUUGGAUUCUAAAUGUCCUGCGAUUAACUUAAUCAUCGAAAACCAAACGUUUUUAUUUUAACUAUCAACAGUUGAAUUUGUGUUUUGGCCUCUGACCUUUUUAGUAUCACGAUUUCAUGUUCAGUAUUUAAUGCGUAUUCAUGUUUUGUUGACUUGCGUAACAUAAUUAUUGUAUCUUAGUGUUUUGAAAUGACGCAUGCCUGCAUUGUGGUCUACGGUAUAUGUUCAAGUUAUGGUCACAAGAGCCUUGCUGCAUUAAACGUCAGUCUACACUUUUAAAUCUGUCCUUUUAUGAAAACGGCUUUUAUAGUUCUGGCUAAUAUCAGCAAUAAGUAUUUGACUGAAUGGCGUCAGCCGUCAAGGUUUCUUGUCCAUGUGACCGUCGGAUUAUCUCACCACUUACAGGAACGUUAACUGUAAAUCUUUUUGUCUAUGCAUUGUUUUUAUUUCGCAUACAAUCGUGUCUUACAUGCACUCAUUUCAAGUUGAGUUUGUGGCCUUUCAGCUUCGCAUUCAUACGAAUGUCGCUCUUGUUUAAUUCAUCGACUUCACUGCAUGUCGUCCCUACUCGCUUGAGCUGUUAAACUAUUUAAUGUGAAUUGCUUUUUUUUAUUGUUUUAAAAUUCAAUUGAAUAGUUGUUUUAUGACGUACAGCCGUCAACGUCGUCCCUUGACUUAAAUGCGUCCAAAAUCUAUACCAACUGAACCAUUAAAGGAGUUGAAAACUG